AUGAUGUUGUCUUUCAUUCUCAGAAAGAGAUGCUGUGAUUGGAGUGGACCAGGAACUACCACAGAGGUGAAGGAGGAAGAGGAGGAGGAGGAGGAGGAAGAGAUCACCAUGAAAGGUCUGAGUGGCUCCAGGUUCUGCUUCUACGUGGGUUUCGUAGUGGGGACCCUCAGCCUGUACCUCUUCCUGCGCCAGGUGUGUUACAUGUCUAUAAUCUAGUGGCCUUAAACACCUAUAAUAACUAUUCAGGUAGCUAUAUAAUAUAAUAAUAUACUUCUGUAAUUAUUAUUCAGAUAGCUGUAUACACCUGUAAUUACGGUACUCGCUCCCUGCACCUACGCAGUACAUCUGUUGUUACUGUUGACUGUGUUGAUGUUUGAUGCCUGCUAUGCAGUGGAGGCUGCUGAGGGGAGGAUGGCUCAUAAUAAUGGCUGCAAUGGAGUCAAUGGAAUUAUAUCAAACACAUGUUUGAUGGUUGAUGCCAUUCCAUUGACUCCAUUCCAGCCAUUAUUAUGAGCCGUCCUCCCCUCAGCAGCCUCCACUGCUGAUAUGGUGUCAUGAUGUUAUCAGUCAGUAAACUUAUUUGAACUUGAACCACGUCAUAUUUGUUUGUGGACAAACAGGUAUGGUUCGAGAGGAGCAUGGAACUCCCUGUGCUGGGAGGGAUCCAGGGCAGCUCAGUAGCAGCUGUGGCAGAGGAGAAGCAGGCCAGUGACAGUGACAACUGGAGUGUGGAGGGAGCAGCCCUCAUCAAUCUCAACCACCCACACCACACAGGUAGACAGUCCCACUAAGACCAGGAACCAUUCCAGUGAAAGGAAAUUGAGUGCCUCUGAAGAUCUCAUAAAUCUGUGUGGAAGUAUGAAAGAUGUGUGUUGUGAACAUUUUGUAUUUUAAUAUCGAAAAUGAACCUCUUGGCUGCCACAAUUAUUAAGACACCUAAUUAUGAAAAUAGGCUCUGUCCAAAACAUUCAGGUAGCUUGUGGAGCGUACCCAUUGAUCCUUGUAGAAUAUAACUUAUAAUGCCUUAUGAGCUUAUUUCAACUGUCAUACCCCAUAAUAACCCAACAUUUAAGCUCAAAUGUUUGUAAACAAAGUAAAUGUAAAAAAGAUUAUAUAGCCUCAAAACAUGGUUAAAACUAGAAUUUUGAUGUCAUGGAUGUUCCUUGCAUCCAUAGCUCUGUCUAUGAAUUAGCUUAGCUUUACCCUUAGCUUUUUACCGAAACAGGGGUGGGGACAGCACUUUGUUAUUGUUUCUAUUGCUGAUUGCCGCUUUAAGGAUUUCAGCUUUAAAGUUGUUUGUAAUGUGGCUAUGGUUUUCAGGUGAGGACAGUCGCGUGGCAGACGAGUUGUACCAGAAGGUGCGCAUCCUGUGCUGGGUGAUGACAGGCCCCAGUAACCUGCAGACAAAGGCCCGCCAUGUCAAGGCCACCUGGAGCCGCCACUGCAACGUGGUGGUCUUCAUGAGCUCUGUCGACGACCCAGGUAAGUACCCAGCCAGGAAGCCUAGAGGGUAUUGAGGCAGGCCGGUUUGAAUCCCAUGACCGACGGGAAACAUCUGGUCGGAAGUAUCCUAUGUAGAUGCUAUCUUGUGCCUUGUUUUCCUUGAGCAAGGCCCAUAACCCUAACUGCUGUGAUGCACAAUGGCUGGCUCUGUGCUUUGUGCCUGACUGACGCUGGGGGAGGUUGCAUUAAAAAGCUACAUGUCUGUGAACAGUAGGAAAAUGGACAAUAAAUCAUUCUUCUUCUUCUUCUUCUUCUUCUUCUUCUUCUUCUUCUUCUUCUUCUUCUUCUUCUUCUUCUUCUUCUUCUUCAGACUUCCCCACCGUAGGGCUGGGGACAGGGGAGGGCCGUGACCAGCUCUACUGGAAGACCAUCCGGGCCUUCCACUAUGCCCUGGAGCAUCAUGGGAACGAUGCCGACUGGUUCCUCAAGGCAGAUGACGACACCUUCGUAGUGGUGGACAACCUCCGCUGGGUACUGUCCAAUCACACGCCCGAGGAACCCCUCUACUUUGGCAAGCGCUUCAAGCCCUACGCCAAGCAGGGUUACAUGAGUGGCGGAGCGGGGUAUGUGUUGAGUAAGGAGGCCCUUAGGAGGUUCGUGGAGGGGUUCAAAACCAAGGUGUGUACCCAUACCACCUCUGUGGAAGACUUGGCUCUGGGACAGUGUCUGGAGAAGAUGGGGGUUCUGGCGAUGGACUCGAGGGAUACGUUGCAGCGUGAGACGUUUCAUCCAUUCGUGCCAGAGCACCACCUGACUGGGAAGUUCUCGAGUUCUGGACCAAGACUUACUGGUACUGGAGACUUCCCACUCUUGCAGCGUACCUCCAUCGUAGAGCACAACGUCUCCAGUCACUGAUGCUACUCCCCAUCGUAGAGGUCAGUCACUGCUGAGCUCUCUCUCAUUCUCUUGUUGUCGUUACUUGUUGGCUUUCACUUUCACAGAUUUUUAAGAUACAAGCCAGAGCUCACCUUGCUCUUAGUCUCUCUCUCUCUCUCUCUCUCUUCUCUCUCCCUCGCUAUCUCUCUCUCUUCUCUAUCUCCUCUCUCUCUUCUCUCUCUCUCUCUCUCUCUCUCUCUCUCUCUCUCUCUCUCUCUCUCUCUCUCUCUCUCUCUCUCUCUCUCUCUCUCUCUCUGUCGCUGUCUCUCUCUUUUUCUCUCUCGCUUUCUAUCUUUCUAGUCUCUAUCUUACCUCUCUGUAGUACCUCACUAUCUUAUUAGUGUAAGGCUGUUUAAGAUGAACCCAGAUAAAGGAUUUCCAUUGAAUGGUGGUCAAACUGGGUCAGGAAGACAGUUUUCCAAGAGCUUGAACUUGUUUCCUCUUAAAAUCCUUUAAUUCAAUUAAUGGCCAUCUGUACACUAUUGUGCACCAAUUGGAUAUUUGCGGCUCAUGGGUUUUUUGUCUAUUAAAGGGUGUAGGUAGGGCAUUUUUUGACCAGGGCAUCACUGUCUUACACAAACCCUCCCUGUAACUAGGUGCAAUAUAUGGAACAGCCUGAAUAUAGGCUACAUGUUAUGUAAAGGAUAUAUCACAGUGAAAAUGACAACGUUAGAUGUCUGUCCUUCUAUAGCCCUCAUAGAAAGAAAGAAAUUACAUUGAUGCUAAAGUGGAUGAUUGCAGUGGAGACAAUGCCCUGUCGACAAUAGGAAAAUUGCCAAUUUAUUACAGAUAAUAGCGCUGAUUCAUUGUGCUUUGCAAUGCAAACGAGACAAGUUUAUUACGAGUCUAUCAGACAAGGACCACCAAGGCACAUGACAACACUCUAGGGGUAAACAAGUUAUUCCAGCCAGUGUCUCCUCUGCUUAACAAUGACUGUCAGAAAUGUGUUAUUAGGUUUUCCCUGUCUAAGAUACUUGCAGGCAUGUGAAAUAGACAGUGAACACCCCACUAGUCAGUUUUAAACAGAUGUAUAAGCUAGCUGAUGUAUGCUACAGAGGAGUAGGCCUAAAUGUGUGUUCUGAGCUGUAUUGCUAGGUGUGUGUGUAUGUGUGUGUGUGCGUGUACGUGCGUGUGCGUGUGUGUGUACGUGUUUGCAUAUGUCACAGGUUUACAUUGCCUUGCAAAAGUAUUAAACCCCCUUGGCAUUUUUCCUAUUUUGUUGCAUUACAACCUGUAAUUUAAAUGGACUUUUAUUUGGAUUUCUUGUAAUGGACAUACACAAAAUAGUCCAAAAAAUAACUUGUUUAAAAAAAGUCAAAAAAAUUGAUAACAGAAAAGUGGUGUGUGCAUAUGUAUUCACCCCCUUUGCUAUGAAGCCCCUAAAUAAGAUCUGGUGCAACCAAUUACCUUCACAAGUCACAUAAUUAGUUAAAUAAAGUCCACAUGUGUGCAAUCUAAGUGUCACAUGAUCUGUCACAUGAUCUCAGUAUAUAUACACCUGUUCUGAAAGGCCCCAGAGUCUGCAACACCACUAAGCAAGGGGCACUACCAAGCAAGCGGCACCAUGAAGACCAAGGAGCUGGGUUGGGUUAUGAAGACCAAAGACCAAGGAUCAGGGUUGGGUUAUAAAAAAAUAUCAGAAACUUUGAACAUCCCACGGAGCACCAUUAUAUCCAUUAUUAAAAAAUUGAAAGAAUAUGGCACCACAACAAACCUGCCAAGAGAGGGCCGCCCACCAAAACUCACAGACCAGGCAAGGAGGGCAUUAAUCAGAGAGGCAACAAAGAGACCAAAGAUAACGCUGAAGGAGCUGAAAAGCUCCACAGCGGAGAUUGGAGUAUCUGUCCAUAGGACCACUUUAAGCUGUACACUCCACAGAGCUGGGCUUUAUGGAAGAGUGGCCAGAAAAAAGCCAUUGCUUAAAGAAAAAAAUAAGCAAACACGUUUGGUGUUCGCCAAAAGGUAUGUGGGAGACUCCCCAAACAUAUGGAAGAAGGUACUCUGGUCAGAUGAGACUAAAAUUGAGCUUUUUGGCUAUCAAGGAAAAUGCUAUGUCUGGCGCAAACCCAACACCUUUCAUCACCCCGAGAACACCAUCCCCACAGUGAAGCAUGGUGGUGGCAGCAUCAUGCUGUGGGGAUGUUUUUCAUUGGCAGAGACUGGGAAACUGGUCAGAAUUGAAGGAAUGAUGGAUGGCGCUAAAUAUGGGGAAAUUCUUGAGGGAAACCUGUUUCAGUCUUCCAGAGAUUUGAGAUUGGGAUGGAGGUUCACCUUCCAGCAGGACAAUGACCCUAAGCAUACUGCUAAAGCAGCACUCGAGUGGUUUAAGGGGAAACAUUUAAAUGUCUUGGAAUGGUGUAGUCAAAUUACAGGUUGUAAGGCAACAACAUAGGAAAAAUGCCAAGGGGGGUAAAUACUUUCGCAAGCCACUGUAUGUUUUAAGUGUGGGAUUCUGUCAAAAGAUACAGUGGAAGGCCAUAUAGCAAGUUUUAUAUAAUGCUUGGUUUGCUAUUUUCCUCCAGGGUCCCCAGUGCUGCUCAGACCUGGCAGUAUCCUUCCACUAUGUGGAUGCAGAGCUGAUGUACACACUGGAGUACUGGACCUACCACCUCCGUGCCUACGGCUACAGACACCGCUACAGACCUCCACUACCCCAGGGCCUGGUGGAGCGGCUGGCCCAGACAGAAAGGGCCACUGUGGGGACAGCUGGUAGAGGGACAAUCCCAGCUGGUAUCAUUGUUGUUGGUGGUGGAAACCAGUCCAAAAUGGAGGCAGUGUCAUAUAAAGGGGCUCCGAGGGGAGGUAAAAUCCCCAUGGACAAUAACAGGACUGCAGUCACACAGGAGAGUCAGCAGUGA